ACUGAAGGGUAUAGGUUCUUGGCUUCUUGCUUAGAGAGUAGAGACAGUACUAGAGAGAGCAAUCAUAAACUUGACUGAGAAACAAGGUUAUGGCUUUGGGGUGGUUUGGAAUUAGGAGGGUAAUCUGGGGCUGCCCUUGCCCUUUAUUUGGGUUGUUGGUUUUGGGGUUGAUGGGCAUGGGAAGAGUAGCUGUAGUGGAGAGUUUAAACCUAUCAUCGUCAUCCACUUCCAAGUUCUCGAGCUGCGAAUUCCCAGCGAUCUACAACUUCGGGGACUCCAACUCAGAUACCGGCGCUAGAUCCGCGGCGUUCGAUGCGAUCCCUCCCCCCAACGGCGAGACCUUCUUUGGCAAGCCCUCCGGCAGGUCCUGCGAUGGCCGUCUCAUUAUCGAUUUCAUUGCGGAGGAAUUGGGAUUACCGUAUUUGAGCGCGUACCUGGACUCAAUUGGAACCAGUUUCAGGAAGGGGGCGAACUUCGCCGCAGGAGGGGCGUCCAUUCGCCAAGGAGGUUACAGUCCCUUCCAUCUCGAUAUCCAGAUCUCUCAAUUUCAACAAUUCAAAGCACGCUCUCUGCAACAACUCGCAGGGAAAAGCGCAGCUUGCAAGAACAAUCUACCGAGACCAGAGGAUUUCUCCAAGGCUUUGUACACAUUCGAUAUCGGCCAGAACGAUCUCUCCUACGGGUUUCAACACACGUCAGAAGAUCAAGUUCGAGCUUCAGUUCCUGAUAUUCUCGAUCAAUUCUCUUCGGCCAUUCAGCGACUUUAUGAGGAAGGGGCGAGGACAUUUUGGGUACAUAAUACGGGGCCGGUGGGCUGUUUGCCUUACGCCGUUAUAUAUUACCCAAACAAGGACGGUUCGCAUCUGGACCAGAACGGGUGUGUACGGACCCAAAACGAGGUGGCCCAGGACUUCAACCGGCAGCUUUUGGACCGGAUCACACUACUCAGGACUCAGUUCCCGCUAGCGGUUUUCACAUACGUCGACGUGUAUUACGCGAAAUAUGAUCUCAUCACCAAUGCCAUGAAUCAAGGUUUCGUGGACCCACUUAAGUUUUGUUGUGGAAGCUAUUACGGCUAUCAUGUGGAUUGUGGGAAGAAGGCAGUGAUCAACGGGACCGUCUACGGAAAUGCUUGUGAGAACCCUAGUAGUUACGUUAGUUGGGAUGGGAUCCAUUACUCUCAGGAAGCCAAUCGUCGUGUUGCAAUCCGCAUCUUUAAUGGUUCCUUGUCCCACCCACCCAUUCCUAUCACUAAAGCCUGUCACGCUUCCUCGUCUUCAUAAAUCAUAACCCCAUCGCCUCAUCUCUCU